AUGCCUCAUGAUCCGUUGAACAGUGUCGCCUCCUCAGCAGCUGAUAUUCCAGCUAAAUUGGGCCAAUCCAGUUUUACCUCUGAAUGUAUUCCCAUGGCUGUGACCUCUGGCUGUGCUGGCCUGGUUCUUGGAGUUUCCGUUAUGCUUGUUGUCUGGUAUAAAUGUCAACGUGAAAGAGAUGGAUUAGAGCGGAGAUGUAAACAGCUUCAAAAAGAAUCAGAAACGAGGAAGGACAAAGAGAAGGACAACGAGGCUCGGAUGGUUGACAUGCAACAGAAACAGAAGAGCGGACUGGAGGAAACCAUAAACCAAAUCAACAAUCAACUUGAGAAAGUGAAGACAGAUAAGGAGGAGAACAAGAAGACGCUUCAGUGGACUUUUGUGCCAAAUUUGAAGAAAUCGGAUUUAAAUCAGACCUGCUGUUUUCCAGGUUGGUCUCAGGAGAUUAGUCCACCUCAGCCCGUCAUAGCGAUGGUUGGUGAAGACGUCGUUCUGCCAUGUCAGCUGGAACCCCCCGCGGAUGCUUUUUCCAUGACAAUGGAGUGGGGGAGACCUGACUUGGACCCCAGAUUUGUCCAUGUGUGGCAUGAUGGACAGGAACUGCUGUCUGACAAGAACGACGCCUACAAGGGGAGAACAUCACUGUCCAUCAGCAAACUGAAGCGAGGAGACAUUUCCCUGAAACUGUCCACAGUGAAGAUCUCUGAUAACGGGAUGUACAAAUGCUACAUCCCAAAACUGAGUAAAGAAUAUUUUGUUGAGCUUCUUGUUGGUGCUGUCUCCUCACCUGCUAUCAGCUUAGCAGGCCUCCACAAGGCCAGCAGUGGAGUGGUGUUAGACUGUGAGUCCAGAGGCUGGUAUCCAGAGCCGGAGGUGUUGUGGCUGGACGCUGAGGGAAACCUCCUCUCUGCUGGACCUACAGAGACAGUCAGAGGUCCUGAUGACCUCUAUACUGUCAGCAGCAGAGUGACUGUGGAGAAGAGACACAGCAACAGCUUCACCUGUAGAGUCCAACAGAAGAACACCAACCAGACCAGAGAGACACACAUCACUGUUCCAGGAUUUCUUCGUGUCUCCAUCUAG